CAGUUAUUGACCGUAGUGCGGAGCUUCACGCCGCUGACAGACGCAGCAGAGGAGCGGGCAGAUCUCCACACUUCUCCCCGCGGUCUGGCAUCAGCCGAACCCGCCGCAGAUGUGAAGGAAAGUCGGCUGGAGGAACGGGAAUAUCCGCGAGUUUCCGAGCGCGCAAAGCGGAGAGAUGCUGCAGGCGGAGAUGAUCGUGUUCGUGGGUGUGAUUCUGUGGAUGUGUGUAUUUAGUCAGGAGCCCAGCUCAAAGGUGAUGGCUGAUCGAUAUGCUGUCUUCUGGAACCGAACCAACCCCAGGU